AUGGCAGAUGGGUGGACUGAUCGUUGUAGGAGAACUCUUAUCAAUUUUCUAGUUUACUGCCCAAAAGGAACUAUUUUUCUCAAGUCGGUUGAUGCUUAUAAUGCUUCUAAAACUGCAGAUUUCUUGUAUAAGCUUUUUAGAGAUGUAGUGUUGCAUGUUGGCCCUGAAAAUGUUGUUCAGAUUGUGACUGAUAAUGCUGCAAAUUAUGUUGCUUCUGGAAGGUUAUUGGAGGCUGAGUUUCCUAAGAUUUUUUGGUCUCCUUGUGCUGCUCAUUGUAUAAAUGUGAUGUUACAUGACAUUGGGAAGCUAGAGGAAGUAAGUGUUGUUGUGUCUCAUGCUGCCACAAUUACCAAAUACAUAUAUAACCAUUGUCAUCCAUUGCAUUUGAUGAGAAAAUAUACAGGUGGAAGGGAAAUUCUUCGUCCAGCUCCUACUCGUUUUGCCACUAAUUUUAUUGCAUUACAAAGCAUAUUGGCUCAAAAAGAUGCAUUAAGGGCUAUGAUUGUGAAGCUUACUGAGCCACUUAUUCGCGUGUUACGUAUUGUUGACAAUGAAAACAAACCUGCCAUGAGUUUUCUUUAUCAAGCUAUAUUUAAAGCUAGAGAGGAGAUGAUAAAGAGAUUUCAAAGAAACAAAAAGAAGGUGGAACCUUACUUGAAAAUCUUAGAUCGUCGUUGGGAUUCACAGCUUCGCAAAAAUCUUCAUGCUGCUGGUUAUUUGUUGAAUCUAGGUUGUCGUUACAAUGAUGAAGAAUUUGAAAAACAUAAGUUCACAACAUCAGGCCUUUUGGAUGUCAUUGAGAAAUUUGCUUAUGCAGAUCCUGAUUUAAAUUCUAAGUUGACAAGUGAGAUGAGAAUAUUCAAAAAUGCUGAGUUAGAUCUUGGAAGGCCAUCUGCUAAACACGAACGAAAUACCGUGAUGCCAGAUCAAUGGUGGGAAUCUUAUGGAUGUGGUGCACCAAAUUUGCAAAAAUUGGCUAUUCGUGUUUUAAGUCAAACAUGUAGUGCUUCGAGUUGUGAACGCAAUUGGAGUGCAUUUGAACAUAUUCAUUCGAAUAAGAGAAAUAGAUUAGAGCACCAAAAGCUUAAUGAUCUUGUCUAUGUCCGUUACAACUUGAGGCUGGCACAAAGGAAUCGAUUGAAGAAUCAAAACUAUGAUCCAAUAAAUUUUGAAACAUUUGAGGACCAUUCUAAUUGGGUACUAGAGGAUUCACCACCAUACUUAACAGCUGAAGAAAUGGAAACCUUACGGAAUGAGCUUGCAAAUAUGUCCAUUCAACCAACUCUAGAUGAUAAUGAUCAAUUAAAUUUGGAUGAUGAUGAUGAUGAAGAUGAGGCACAAGACAACACCAUAGAAAAUGCAAAUCAAACUGAAGGCAAUGUUGGUCAAGCUUUGGAUUUAUUUGAUGAAGGAGGAGAUGAUGAAUUAAUUGACACAACUUUGCCUCAGUGGGCAUAA